CCCCCCCCCAUUGUCCACCUGCCGCAGGCUCCUCUCCCAUGGCAAGCAGCGCCGCCACCACAUCCGCCGCCCCGCGCGACGACAAUGUCAACGCCCGAGUCAUUGGGCGUAAGGACCCAUUCUUUGCCGAGAUCAUCGACAGUGUGGGAAUUGUUAGCGUCUACAACUAUGUCCCCAGUCUCGGUGAAUACGUCAAGCAGCCCGCCAUGGGGCCUCUGUUUCUCAUCCGUCGCACCAAGGCACCAGAGUAUGCGCUGUACAUGAUUAACAGGUCUGGUGUAAAGAAUCAGUUUUGGGGUCUCUACCCUACCGAGAUGAGGAUUAAAGCCCAUGAUGAGGAUAAGCUCCUCGAGGUUGCGAGGCGCGGCGAGCCGGAGCGUCCCCGUUUCUGGUUUUCUGAUGCCACACCUCUCCGUCGUCUUUUCGACCGCAUCAACAGGUGAAUUGCUGACCAUGUCCGAGUGCUGACUCCAGCAUUGUCGGGCCUCCAAUCAAGCCAGGAGACCAAGCUACUACUAACACAGCUGCGCCUUCCUCCGCCCAGCCGCCUCAGGCUCCCGCGCAAGUCGCCCCGCAGCAAACAACAGCGCCGUCUCAACCGACGCAGCAGCCUGAUCCCGAUGACCAUCUUGCCCACCUGUUUGCAGGCCUUGCCACCUUGCCCGCUCCUAAUGCCAC